CCCGCCAUGAGCUCCUGGUACUCCAACCUCGUCACCAAGACGUCGUCCCAAAUCUCCAACCUCCGCUCGACGCUCCUCUCCAGCGAGGCCGACGGCGACACCGAAGACGACACCCACGUCUGCCGCGUCCUGCGCAACUACUACACCGAAAAGGGCCGCCCCUUCCCCAACUGGCUGCCCCCGGACCCCAAGGCGCCGCCGCCGCAGAUGACGCAGGCCGUCUACGCCCAGUCGCAGGUCGGCACGCGGUACGGCGGCCUGGGCGGCGCGCAGCAGCCCGCCGCGGGGGGGCUCAGCAGCCUGUGGGACAACGGCCCCGCGCAGCCGCCCGCGCAGCCGCAGGUGCCGCAGAGCUUGCGCGCGGGCAGGCCGGCGACGACGCAGCCGGGGACCAACUCGAGGGACGAGCUGCUCGGCAGGGGACCGGCGCCGCGCGCGGGGAGCUAUUCGGGGCCGGGGCCCGCGCCCGCUGGGUCGGCGCAGGAUCGCCUGAAGCAGCGGCUCUGGGGAACCCGCACCACGAGCCCGUCUUCGAGCAACGGCAACGGACCCUUUCAGCCACCACCCGGCGGAGGCUCAGGCGGCAGUCAACAUUCUUCUCAGGGCAGCUACGAGGACCGGUUUGCGCCGGGUGGUUCCUACGACAACGCCAGGGGGAGCGGAGGCAGUCAGCCUUUUGUCGGGGCAAACGCCCCUUGGUCCAGCGACGGCGGUGCCCACGCUGGAGGGGCUGCGAAUGGAGUACGGAGAAAAGGCCUUCCCAGCGGUCCACGGGGGUAUAGAUGAGUGGA